GUGGGGACUUCUCAUACAGACAGAAAAACAAAACCCAGCCCAAACAACACUUGUGUUCUUCAAUCUUCUUCUUCCUCGCCCUUCAUUUUUCUUCGUACCCAUCACAGCAGCCCCAAGUUUUAACGUAUUUCACACCUGAAAACUGAAAUUCAUUACCAAGUUUCUCCCCAGCGAGAAUCGUCCUCACUAACCCCAUUGAACCCAGCUUUCGUAGAUUUGGGAAAUAUCAAAAAGGUGACUACCAACAUUUGGACAAAUUCCUUUUCCUGUGAUCGGAGGUUCAGCACACCCUAUUCUGAAAUCCUGCUCCUGUUUUCCUUCUAUGACAAACUCCCAAUUAAAAAGCCAAAUGUUAGACUAAGAGAUUGUCCAUGUCCAGAGCCGCAUAAGUUCUCAUUGCCAGCUUAACUCAGGCCAAACCAAAAAUAGUGCUGCUUACCAGCUGCAUGAGCUUCCAUGGAGAAUUCCUCAAACAUCAAAAACGUCUUCUGCAACUACUGCAUGCAUGCUCAAGGGUACGAUCCCUCAGGGCAACAAAAGCACUCCAUGCUCUCAACAUCACAAUGGGUCUGUCUCCAAAGCAGCCCAUCUUUGUUUACAACAAUAUCAUGUCACAAUAUUCCUCACUCGGGAAGUUAUUAGUUGCACGUAAAUUGUUUGAUAAGAUGCCUCUUAGAAACGUUGUGUCAUAUAAUAUCAUGAUUAGUGCUUAUUGUACUUCUGGGUAUGUUGGGGAAGCUUGGAAAAUGUUUUAUGAGAUGAGGGUUUCUGGGUUUCAGCCAACUCAGUAUGCAGUUAGCAGGUUAUUGUCAUGUGGGUCAUUGGAUAUUCAUCAUGGGGUCCUGUUGCAUUCUUUGGUAAUAAAGAACGGACUGUUUGAUGGUGAUGCUUUUGUGGGGACUUCCUUGUUGGGUUUUUAUGGAAGGCAUGGGCUGUUAGAGGAAGCGGUUUGGACAUUUCAGGAUAUGCCUUGUAGGAGCUUGGUGACAUGGAAUUCCAUGAUAUCUUUGCUUGGGAAUCAUGGGUUUUUUGAAAAUUGUGUGUUUUUGUUUCGGGAGCUGGUGAGGAGGGAUGUUAAUUUGUCUGAAGGUUCUUUUAUGGGUGUUCUUUCUGCAUUUUCAUGCCCGCAAGACUUGGAAUUUGGGGAACAGUUGCAUGCUUUUGUUAUAAAGAAUGGGUUUACUUGUGAAAUUUUGGUGAUGAAUUCUCUAAUAAGUAUGUAUGUGAAAUGCAGUGCCAUAUGCUCGGCAGAGAAAAUUUUUAAAGAAGUACAAUUUAAAGAUGUUGUAUCAUGGAAUACUAUCAUUGGUGCGACAGCAAAAAUUGGGGGACCCCAAAAAGCAGUAGAACUCUUCUCUCAAAUGUCCAUGGCUGGAGUGUUGCCUACCGAGAUCACAUUUGUUAGUCUAAUAAACUGUUGUACCAGUUUGGAGGUUCCAAUCUCUGGAGAGUCAGUUCAUGCUAAGAUAAUCCAGCAUGCUUACGAAUCUAAUGUCUUAGUAGGUAGUGCAUUGGGAUUUUAUGCUAAAUGUGAUAACUUGAAAGCUGCCCAUCGCUGUUUUUAUGAGAUAUGUGCGAAAAAUGUGGUCUCUUGGAAUGCUUUGAUUUUGGGUUACUCAAAUAGUUCCUCACCUACAUGUAUACUCUUAGUGCAAGAAAUGCUUCAUUUGGGUUACCGACCUAACGAGUUUUCAUUUUCUGCUGUUCUUAAGUCAUCAUUGGCAUUAGAGCUCCAACAACUUCAUUGCUUAGUUGUAAGAAUGGGCUUUGAGCAAAAUUAUUAUGUUCUGAGCUCUCUUAUAAUGUCGUAUACCAAAAGUGGUUUAAUAUCUGAUGCUCUGGUUUUUGUCACAGCUUCUGAUGCUCCCUCUAAUGCCAUUGCUGGAAUUUACAACAGAACUGGGCAAUAUAAUGAAACUCUAAGAUUCCUUUGUCCACUUGAAGAACUUGAUAUUUUUUCCUGGAACAUUGUGAUUUCAGCUCUUGGCCGCAUCGGUUAUUACAAAGAGGUAUUUGAGCUUUUCCAACAGAUGCAGUUCAAUCAGGUCUGGCCAGACAAUUAUACAUUUGUUUGUCUUCUAAGUGUCUGUGCUAAACUUUGUAAUCUUGCUUUGGGAAGUUCUCUUCAUGCUUAUAUCAUUAAGACUGAUUUCAGUUCUUGUGACACAUUUGCAUGCAACGUUUUACUUGACAUGUAUGGGAAAUGUGGUAGCAUUGGAAACUCAGUGAAAAUCUUUGACAAAAUGAGAUACAAAAACUUAAUUACCUGGACAGCUUUGAUUUCUGCUCUUGGAGUUAAUGGUUAUGUUCACGAGGCAUUAGAAAGAUUUAGAGAAAUGAUCUUCUUGGGCUUUAAGCCUGAUGGAGUAGCUUUUACUGCUGUUCUUACAGCUUGCAGGCAUGGUGGGUUAGUUAGGGAUGGAUUGGAGUUAUUUGGGCAAAUGAUAAAUAAUUAUGGGGUUGAACCAAAAAUGGAUCAUUACCAGUGUGUGGUGGACUUACUGGUUAAAGGUGGUCAUGUUACAGAAGCAGAGAAACUAAUUUCCAGCAUGGCCUUCCCACCAAAUAUGAUUAUAUGGCGUUGUUUCCUUGAAGGCUGCAAGAGUCAUGGAAAUGCAGUGGACGUGGACCAGGCAGUAGCACAUGCUUAAUUGUGAAUUAGCCAACAAAUUCCUUUGGACAACUAAGUAUUCUGACCAAGUUUUUGAGCCCUCCUUACAAGCUCUACCUCUGAGAGAAGUUUUAUGCUGUUUGUGCUCACUUAGAAAUUGCAGCGAGUAAAAGACAUUUCUAAUUUCUUAAAGCAGAGCAUUCAUGAAAAGGUUGCAUAUCUACAGCAUCCAGAAAGGAGGAAUCUUAAUCCCCAUUAAAACUAUAACAAUACAAGCUUUGGGAGCAAAGAGAAGAUCACGCCUGUGGUGAAGGCUGCAAAUGGAAGUUGCACAGGAGUUUAUUGUGGAACUGAAGAGUAUUUGUGGAGUUAGAAACUUUAGUAUGUUGCACCCUAACCCCAAAUUCUUUCUCAAUUGAAUGACAAUUUUUUGUGCGUCACUCUUACAGUGCACCACUCACAAGGCGUUCCUUCUUUUAGCGUUCUCAGGCACUUGUUUUCCGUCACAAAUAAGUCAACGGGAUCUUGAAUUGUUGAGUGUAACACCAGAUAGUUUCUCUAUCUACACCAGAGAAUGUUCUCUCUCCACAAUUUGCUGCUUUCCUUCCUUCUCUGUAUACUCAUUUUCGCCUAAGAGAAGCAUGGUGGUGAAGUGCAUUUCCAAGUGCAUUUCCAAUAUUCACAAAUAUAGCUUCAGCAUUAGAGGAUCUCUUCAGUUCGAGCUUCUGGAGCAACACUUAUCAGGGCAGGCUGUGUAGCUGGGUUGACAUUUUUUUUUUGGCUACAAAUAUCUUGCUUGAGCACCUUUGUGGGGGCUGAACAGAAUAUAUAGAGAAAUGGAUGGAAAUACCUCCGGAUAGACAGCCAUGAUGUUGACUGGGACACUGAAUGAACUUGGGAUUGAAAACUUUAUUUAUCUUCUCCAUUUAUUGAGGGCUCUGGGGAGGCAAGCUUUCAGGACCCAAACCAAAGUUUUGAUCAUUUUGUCGGCAUGGGAUUUUUUGAAAAAAUGGUUGCAAAAACUGUUCAGCAACAGAGGAAGAUGCAGAUUCAACUCUGGAAACCCUCCGUUUAUAUAAAGCUGCUGAAAGUUCUCCUGAGUAAACUUCUCCACAAGAGCAGUGUUCCACAACAGUGCUCUCUUCCACAACAGCAACAAAUUGAUUCUGAUCCAUUUUCUUCAGAUUAUAGGGGGAGCUUUCUGGAUGGUUUUUAAGAUCUGGAUAGCUCUGCUGAUGAAGAAUUUGCAGAAAAAAUUUAUGUCCUUGGUAAAAAUGGGGUACACAGAAUUGGAGGCUUCAAUUGCAAGAACGCUGCGGUGUUGGCUCAUCAAUUGUUGAUUGACUGAUUUCAUAUCAGAUGCUCAAUAUUCAAAGGCAGAAGAUGUCCAUCUUACCCUUGAUGAGAAGUCUAGAUGUCUACGCAAUGAUUUAUCCUGACAAGCGAAACAGGAAUCUAUGUGAAAAUGCGAUAUUGAAAAGGAAAAUGAAGGUGAGAUUUGGCUGACAGAUCAUCGGGGAAGAUGAUGACACAAUUCAGCUCCUAAAUCCAAAAAUUGGGUUUUGAAUCUGCAUCUAUACACAUCCAAACACAUUCUGAUUCCCAUAACAAUGGCUACAACUUGUUUAAGCUUACAUAGUCAAAUUAAAAAUCAGUACAUUAUGCUGGGGAACCUUGUAAAGUCAUUGACAUGACAGUGCUCUCUUCCAGACCAGCAACAUGACGGUGCUUGAUUCCAGAACAACAUCAAAUUGACUCUGAUCCGUUUUCUUUAGAUUAUAAGGGGAGCCUGGAUGGUUUUUCAGAUCUUGAUAGCUCUGAUGAUGAAGAAAUCAUCAAUCAUACAUCUGACUGUCUGAGGAGCAGAAAAACUUAUGUCCUUGGUAAAAAAUUAAAAAUGCGGUACACAGAAUCGGAGGCUUCAACUGCAAUAAAAUUAUGCGGUAUUGCCUUGACAGUUGUGGAAUUACUAAUUUCAUAUCGGAUGCUCAGUUUCCAGAGGCAGAAGUUUUUCAUCUCCUCAUUGAUGAGAAGCCUCAUCUACGCAAUGAUUUAUCACGACAAGAAGACUAGGAAACUUUGUGAAAUUGCUAUAUUGAAAUGGAAAAGGAAGUUGGGACUCAGAACCAGAUCACAGGGGAAGAUGAUUACACAAUUCAGCUCCCAAAUCCAAUGAUUGGGUUUGGGACUCAAACUUAUCUUUGCCAUAUCCAUGCGAGUCUUUAAGAGGCAGCGACAUGACCAUAUUUUGUACUAUGAGAAUGUGGCGUUGACUCCUAGAGGGAGUGGAGCACCAUGUCCUGAUUUUCAUACGAUGUGCAGCCUGAGUUUGUUGAUUCAAAGUAUUGAUGUGCGGCAGCAAGAAAAAGGAGUUAUGUUCACAAUCUCCAGAUCGGAAUUGAUUUCCAUUUAUUCCUCUUCCAUCACAGAAUAUAUUGAUGCAUUUCCCAUGUCUACGUGGAGUGUUAUAUCAGUUCCUUUGGUGGAUCUGGUCUUGUGGUUGGGUGCGCUUGAGGGGAACCCCAUUGCAGUUAGCAGAGCUUCAAAGAUGAUGAUAGUGUGUCCAUGUUUGUUUAGAUUGGACUCCUUUCGAUGCUUCCACUGGUGGAUAUGGGUAGGUAUCUAUAUUAAUUUUGCUGAUAUUUUAGCUAAACAUUGAUGUUGAUAAUCAAAUUGAAGUACCAUCUCCAGAUUCCCUGGGUCACAGUGUUUCAGUUAGCAGCUUGUGGUAAUUCGUUAAAUGGUGUCUGAGAGUUCCUUGCUAGGGAACCAGAGAUGGGGCUUGAUUAGAAUUGACUGGGUUAUCCUUUCAAAACAAGGGGUGUUAAUAUUUGCUGUUGAAACAACUUCCCAAAUAUGAAUAUUAGGAGGAUUGUUAACCGAUAAUUUGAUUUUGUUCACUUGUCAUAUUUACUGUAAGUGCAUCAAUGCAUUUCAAAGGAAGAAUGCUAGCGACCGUUCAUAGCUCAACUGCUAGGGGACUAGAGAUGGGACUCUAUUAGACUCAACUGGGUUAUCCUUUCAAAACUGGGAUGUGAAGAUUUGAUGUUAAAAGAAAUAUCCCAAAUAUAAAUAUUGUGAGGUUUGUUAACCAAUAAAUUUGAUUCUGUUCGCUUUCAUAUUGAAUUUAGAUGCAUCAAUGCAUUGCAAAGUAACAGUAGAUUGCAAAUUAGAAAUAAUUAGUACUGGUAGAAGAUCACUUGGCUCUACGAGAACAGUUCCAAAAUUCUGAUUGGCCCUUCAUGAUUGGUUUUUUCUUCUAUUUUCUCAAAUUGGAGUGCUGUUGUAGUUUAGCUUUUCUUUAUUAGAGUAGUUCUUUGUUGGCUUUGGUUGUGUUCUCUAAUGUGUACUUUCUAUUUAGUGGAUCUCUUAUCCACACUUUUGUAUCCUCUGUCUCUUCAAUGAGAUUUAGUUUUCUAUAAAAAAAUGGUUAGUUGUUGGUUCAUAUACUUUAAAUGAGGG